AUGGAACAAGAUAUUCUUUUAUCUGACGGAGACAUUGCUGGAAAUAUCAAUUUUAUAUCAGCUGAAGGAGCGAAGAUCCCAGUGUCGACUAAAAUAGGGAGAUGCUCUGAAUUUUUAUUAGAAAUUAUAAAUGAAUAUCAUGAAGGAUCAAUUCCUAUACCGUUUUUCACAAAGCAUCAGAUAAAGCUUGUAGUAAAAUAUUGCAAUAUAUUUGCCUAUCAAUUUCCAGAGCCUCCCUCUCAGCCUCUGACUCGGAAAUUCCAAGACAUUGUAACUGCUGAAGAAUGGGCAUUUUUAAAUAAAUUGAGCAUUGAAGAGCUAUGCGAAUUUGCAGACAUCGCUGAUUAUUUAGACAUCAAUUAUUUAGUAAAAAUACUAUGUGCAUUUACUGCUUCUCUGUUUCAAGGUAAAAAUAUUGACCUGAUUAGAGCAGAAUGGGAAAUUGAGCCUGAGCUUGAUGAGGAAAUGAUGGAUGAAAUUAAGAAGAAGUUCCCUUGGGCAGAUCAAAUAAUAGAAAGCUAG